AUGAGCCCCAACUCUCCUGCCAAUUUUGCCGAUUUCCAUAUUGAAGAAAUUGCGAUCCAAGCCGGAGAGAACAUAGGCGGUCUCAAGCCACCGAGACUCUACUCGGCAGCUGUCAAUGGAACCUGGACCUGGACAAGUAGUUGUUUGUGCCCAGAAAUGGUGUUCCUGACUCGCAUCCCUCUCCUCACUGGGUGCACUCGAGAAGACGCCGCCGCUGCAAUUAUCCAAUACCGCCUGAAUUUGUCCUUAAACAGCAGCACCAGCCACCACCAAUUCUGUUUUCUAGAAAACGGAGUCGCUGCCGGCGAAGGUGGAGCACCCAAUUACAUCCCAGAUCUCAAUGUCUCGCCGCCUGAUGAGACGGCGCCGGCGAAGGAGUUCGUCAGAGUAAUCAAGAGCCAGAACAUCUCCCGGCUAACUGAUUAUGUGGUUCGGUACCUGGGCGAGCACGGGAGUGAGGAGAAGGUGGCGGAGUACAGGAAGAUUCUGAGUACCAAAAGCGAAGCCGAAAUGGGAAACCUGGAUUCGAUUCGGAUCUGGAAUAUUCUCACCCUGGAAGCCGAAAUUCAGAACGCGCUCAUAGCGAAAGGCCUCGUGGAGACCCCAAUGCGCUUCGACGACCUUGAGUUCCCGCCGCCGCAGGAGCUGCUUCCAAUUCCUGAAAAAGGCAGGAAGGGCGCCAAGAAGGCCCGGUACUGUGGGGUUUUUGGUAUGGAUGAGGCCAAAUCACCAAAUUCCUGA